AUGUCCUUGCGCAGCAGCAUCCGCCUGUCCCUGAAGAGGCCUGUCCACUCCCUCUGCGUGCAGGACACGGAUAUCUGCCUGGACGCCUAUGGGUGUGCCCCGGAGAAUUGCCAGUUCUUCACCGUCACUUGCACUCCCGGCGUGACGGUCUGUCCACACAGCCCCGCCCUGGGUGUGAACAGCAAGGAGAAGGAGAUGACCGUAACCCACUGGCCCCUGUCCGAGUCCAUAGACGUGCUGGUGAAGAUGGUCGCUCCCAGCACUGCCCUGGACGGAGACAAGAUCGAGAUCUCCUACCAUCAGCUUGAGAAGAAGGACCCGGUGGCCACGGCGGUGCUCUACCUCACGGGCAUUGUCAUCUCCCUGGACGUGGACACCUACCACCGUGGGUAUGUGGACGUGGCCAGAGACAAGUGGGCUAAGAAAAACUGGGUCUGGGGCCCCAAUGGCUGGGGUGCCAUCCUGCUUGUGAACUGCAACCCCCCCAACCUGGGCCGGCUGUCAGACUCCACCACCACGACCACAGUGUUCCUUCCAGAGGAAGUCAAGAGCCUGUCCCCGAUGAUGCUGACCGUGCGGGGGCCCAGUGACGUCCUGGAGCGGUACCGGCUGAUCCUCCACACCUCCGCGGAGGAGGCCGAGAAGGCGCGUGUCUACCGACCCAGGAUUGAUAACUCGGAUGCCUACGAGAUGCUUCUCGGGCCCGCCCAGCCCUCCUACACCUUUGCCGUCCUUGAGGGCAACUUUAAGGAGACUUUCUACGUUGAAGCCGUGGAAUUCCCAUCUGCCAACUUUUCCGGCCUGAUCUCCUACUCCGUGUCCCUUAUAGAAAAGUCUCAGGACCCGUCUGUUCCAGAAACCGUGGUGUACAAGGAGACAGUCGUGUUCCGAGUGGCUCCCUGCAUCUUCACUCCCAGCACCCAGGUGCCGCUGGAGGUGUACCUGUGCAGAGAGCUGCAGGUCCAGGGCUUCGCAGAUGCGGUGACGGAGCUGAGCGAGAAGAGUGAGAGCCAGGUGGCGACUGUCUACGAGGACCCCAACCGCCUGGGCAGGUGGCUGCAGGAUGAGGUGGCCUUCUGCUACACCCAGGCUCCCCACAAGACGGUGCCCUUGGCCUUGGACACCCCUCGCAUCCUCAAGCCGGAAGACUUCCCCAUGAAAUACUCACUGAGCCCCGAGAUCGGCUACAUGAUCCAUGACACCCAGGACCACAACGUGGCCAGCUUGGACUCAAUCGGCAACCUGGUGGUGUCCCCGCCUGUCAAGGUGGUGGGCAAGGAGUACCCGCUGGGCCGGAUCCUCCUCGGCAGCAGCUUCUACCCCAGCAAGCAGGGCCGGAACAUGAGCAAGGCGCUCCGGGACUUCCUCUAUGCCCAGCAAGUGCAGGCUCCCCUGGAGCUCUUCUCCGACUGGCUGAUGGCCGGCCACCCGGACGAGUUCAUGUGCUUCAUCCCCACGGAGGUCAAGAGCAAAAGCGAUAAGGACUUCCGACUGCUCCUGGCCAGCCCCAGCGCCUGCUACAGGCUGUUCCAGGAGAAGAUGGACGAGGGCUUCGGGGAUACGCAGCUGUUUGAGGAGGUCCAAGACGAGCAGCUCCUUUCUAACGGGAAGGAGGCAUACACCAUCGCCCAGCUGCUGGCCAACGAGGAACUGAAGAUGCAGAAUGACUACGUGGAGAAAUGCAUCAACCUGAACCGGACCCUCCUGAAGCAGGAGCUGGGGCUGGUCGAGCAGGACAUCAUCGACGUGCCCCAGCUCUUCUGCCUGGAGCAGCUGACCAACACACCCUCCAGCCAACAGACCGACAAGCUCUUCGCGCGGCCCUACUUCCCGAACAUGUUGCAGAUGGUGGUGAUGGGCAAGUACCUGGGCAUCCCCAAGCCUUUUGGGCCCCAGAUCAGGGGCAAGUGCUGCCUGGAGCAGAGGAUCUGCCAGCUGCUGGAGCCCCUGGGCCUCAAGUGCACGUUCAUUGCCGACUUCGACUGCUACCUGACGGAGGUCGGAGACUUCUGUGCCUGCGCCAACGUCCGCAGGGUGCCCUUUGACUUCAAGUGGUGGCAGAUGGUGCCCUAA